GGAGUUUAAGGACACCAUAGGCUACUCUAAAUUUCUAUUGAUCUUUCGUAGGAGUCUUGCUCGGAAAAGGAGUCUUUGAAAUGGCUGUCGCAGGAAAUAAAUCCGUUUUAUUCGUUUGCCUAGGUAACAUUUGCCGAUCUGUGACCGGUGAAGCUGUCUUUAGAAAGCUUGCAGAAGAGAAGGGUUUUGCAUCGGAAUGGAAGAUCGACAGUGCAGCAACCUCAACCUAUCAGAUAGGAGACGAACCUGACCCUAGGACAAACGAAACUUUGAAAAAAAAUAUGAAUAUACAAAGCAAACAUAUUGCUAGACAGAUAACCAAACAGGACUUCAAAGACUUCCACUAUAUCUUUGGCUUUGAUGAAAGCAAUAUGAGCAAUAUCAACAGGGUCAAGCCUAAGGAUAGCACAGCAGAGGUUCUGUUGAUGGGAAAAUAUGGAAAGAAUGGAAAUGAGAUUGUAGAAGACCCAUACUAUUAUGGCAAGGAGGCGUUUGAAAGGAUGUUUGAGCAAUGUGAUCGAUGUGUACGAGCUUUCAUAGCAGAGGUGGAACCGGGCAAAUAGAUUCGUUCUGUCUCUUUUUUAGUUAUUCAACACAGAGGCCCGUAUUCUGAAGUCGGGUUUAACUUAAACUCAGUUUUAAAAUUGUGGUUUAAGUAUGGACAGCCAAUUG